AGAAAACUCAUGCAUUAAGGCCAAGACGAAGGUGAUGAAAGAAAGGAGGAAGACCCAUGAGGAGCAUUUUGAUAAAAUCUGGGAUUACCAAGCAGAGAUAUUGAGGAGCAAUCCUGGAUCAACCAUGGAAAUUGAGACCAUACCAGGAGCCACGGUUGGAAGCAAGCAGCGGUUCUACAGACUCUACAUUUGUUUCCAAGCACAAGAGGAAGCAUGGAAGAAGACUUGUAGGCCUGUUAUUGGCUUAGAUGGAGCCUUUUUGAAAUGGGACAUCAAGGGACAGUUGUUGGCUGCGGUUGGAAGAGAUGGAGACAAUAGGAUUGUCCCUAUUGCUUGGGCUGUAGUGGAGAUAGAGAAUGAUACAAACUGGGAUUGGUUUGUGAAGCGUUUGGCCUUGGAUUUGGGAUUGGAAAAUGAGAACGGCUUUGUUAUAAUGUCUGACAAACAAAAGGUAAACACUUUGCUUUCAUGAUACUCAAUGAAUGUUUGAUUCUUGUUUCUGAUUUCUUUUUUUUUCUGAUCUUGUAGGGAUUAGUGAAAGCAGUUCAUACCCUCCUUCCAGAAGCUGAGCAUAGACAGUGUUGUCGCCAUAUCUACGAGAACUGGAGGAAAGGUGGAAAAGAUCUAAGGUUACAGAGGUUCUUCUGGUUCAUUGCAAGGAGCUACACCCCUGGUAUGUUCAACUACAACAUGGACGAGCUUAAGAACUAUGAUCCUGGCGCACAUGCAUCUCUGAUAAAGACAAAGCCAGAGACUUGGUCUAGAGCUUUCUUCAAGAUAGGCUCCUACUGCAAUGAUAAUCUGAACAACUUGUGUGAGUCCUUCAACAAGACCAUCAGGGAGCCUAGGAAGAAACCUCUGCUAGACAUGUUAGAGGAGAUAAGGCGCCAAUGUAUGACUAGGAACUACAAUAGGUCUAAGAUGGCUAAGGACAGGAAGACUAGGUUCACCCCGAAGACACAUAAAGAGUUAGACAGGGUUGAGAAGAAGUCAAAAGAAUGUAGUCUGCGUUGGGCAAUUGGGCCAGAGACUGAGGUGGAAGAUAGAGACCAGUCAUAUGUGGUGAAUUUGGAGAAUGAGACUUGUGCAUGUCGAAGCUGGCAAAUGAAUGGUAUUCCAUGCAUCCAUGCUGCUAAGGUCAUCCUUGGCGUGGGAAGAAAACUCUCUGAAUUUGUUGCUCCUUUCUACACAACCUCUAAGUGGCGUGAAACCUACAGUUUUGGGAUCAGACCUGUAAAUGGGAUGAUAGAGUGGCCUCGGACCAAUAGAUUAGGUGUGAUUCCACCACCUAAUCGAAAUGGCAAGCCUGGUAGGCCUAAAAACCAUGAUCGAAAGAAGGGAACCAAUGAGACAGUGUCUACUACCAAGCUGAGUCGUGCGAACAGGGUAAUGACAUGCUCUAAUUGCAAAGAAGAAGGGCACUACAAGAAUACAUGUCGGAAGGCUUUUGUUGAGAGCCCACCUAAGAAACCAAGAGGCAGACCAAGGAAAUAUCAGGGACUACACUUUGGCGAGUCACAAGCUCAAUCCUCAGAAGCUCAAACCUCACAAAAUCAAUCCUCACAAGCUCAAGCAUCACCAUGGGAAGUUCCUCAAUCUUCAGAAGGUCAAUCCUCACAAGCUCAACCAUCACGAUGGGAAGUUCCUCAAUCCUCACAAGCUGAAGCAGCAGCGUGGGGAAGAUGGUUUUUUUAG